CCAUUAAAGGCAACAAAGAAGCCGCUGCGUUUUAGCUAGGGUUUAUGCACACAGCCUUCCUUCUUCCAAACUCGCUCUGCGUCUCAGCUGCGGCCAUUCUCCUUCCAUAUCCACUUCCAUCAAGUAAAGCCAGUGGUUGUAAUUUCAUCCAGAUAAUCUUGUAUGCAAUGGGGAAGAAGCGAAAGCAUAGUGAGACCCAUGUUGAGGCACCUGCAAAGAAAGAUGAGAGUGCUCCAGAGAGGCCAAAGCGGACGCUCGUGGGUUGGAAAGAGAAGGGUGAAGUGAAGGAAAGUGAUUCUCAAGGUUUUAGGAAUAAGGAGAAGGUUAUGAUUACGUGUUCUCGUCGUAUCAAUUACAGGUACCGGCAUCUGAUGCUGAAUAUGGUGUCGCUUUUGCCUCAUUGUAAGAAAGAUAACAAAGUUGAGUCCAAAAGUAGCAACGGUGCCACACUCAAUGAGCUCAUCGAGCUGAGGAGCUGUUCUUCCUGUCUUUUUUUUGAGGUAAGUUUAUAAGCACUGAUGUUUUCGGAACUGGUAUUUCCCUUCUUUCAUCUUACUUAGAUCGGUUAUAAACUCAUAAUAUAUGUGCUUGUAUAAAUGGUAUGGAUGUAGAGUGAAUAAGUGCUGCUGUUCUCU